GUGAUAGCCCUUUUUCGCCCGGGCGCCUGACUUGUCCCUUUUUCUCCAGCCAAACCUCUCCCUCUUCCAUCAUUCAUCCUGGAGCUUUGCCACUACUGCUUCAACAACAUCUAUCUCUCUCUGUGUUUAUCUUUUCUGUCCUCUUUCGCUCUCUAUCGCUCUCUAUCGCUCUCUCUCUCUCUCUCUCUCUCUCUCUCUCUCUUUUUUUUUUUUUUGCCUUCUGAUAUCCCUCAUCUUCGUGAUCGACGGCAUUCGUCUUCCGCUUUUUGCUACCUCCUGAUAUCCGUCAUUCGCUGACUCAGAGAUUCUUUCUGUUUACAAGAUGGCCGAGAUCCGUCGCAAGCUUGUCAUCGUUGGUGAUGGUGCCUGUGGUAAGACUUGUUUGUUGAUUGUCUUCUCCAAGGGUACCUUCCCUGAGGUCUACGUCCCCACCGUUUUCGAGAACUAUGUUGCCGAUGUCGAGGUUGAUGGCAAGCAUGUUGAACUCGCCCUUUGGGAUACGGCUGGUCAAGAAGAUUACGACCGUCUCCGUCCUCUGUCUUACCCCGACUCCCACGUCAUCUUGAUCUGUUUCGCCGUCGACUCGCCAGACUCGCUCGACAACGUCCAAGAGAAGUGGAUUUCCGAGGUUCUUCACUUCUGCCAGGGCCUUCCCAUCAUCCUUGUUGGCUGCAAAAUGGAUCUUCGUCAUGACCCCAAGACCAUUGAAGAGCUCACCAAGACCUCCCAGAAGCCUGUCUCUCCCGAACAGGGUGAGGAAGUCCGCAAGAAGAUCGGCGCCUACAAGUACCUCGAGUGCUCUGCUCGUACCAACGAGGGUGUCCGUGAGGUCUUCGAAGCGGCCACCCGCGCUGCUCUUCUGACCAAGACGAGCAAGAGCAAGAAGAAGUGCGCUAUCCUGUAAACUAGUGCUGUCUCCUUUUUACAAGGUCGUUUAAUGUUGCGGAGAUUAUAUCAACCGGAUGAGCGUUUCAAAUAUUUGGUUGUCUUUUCUUUUGUUCUGUUUCUAAUUUCUUUUCUUAUUUCAUUUUUCUCAGAAGGGGUUUCUCCGUUGGCGUGUCU